AUGCCAGUUAAUGGAUGUGAUUUCAAUGGAAAUGAUGAGACCAGUUGGUACUUCGGUCAACUAUCUCGAUCAGAGACAAAUGAUCUUUUACAUGAGCAGGACCCCGGAACGUACCUUGUUCGUGAUUCUGCAACAUUAAAAGGCGAUUUUGUACUUUGUGUGAGAGAAGGUACUAAGACCAUGCACUAUAUUAUAAACAAAAUUGAAGAAGAUGGCGAAACUCCACGUUAUAAAAUUGGAAGUAAUUUUUUUGAAAGUAUGCCUGCACUUCUCCGUCAUUAUACAACACAUUAUCUCGAUACUACACAAUUGCUGAAACCCCUUGCAAAACCAAACACAAUAUCCACAAAUCAUAAUCAAAGAGAUAGUAUAUCGUCAUUGAUAACUAAUGCUGAUACUAGUCUCAGCGAAGAAACAUCUAAAGUCGAUAGUCUGUCACAACAUCAACAAAAAGCAAUAUCUCAAACAACCCUGGUACUGCCAGCUAAAGCACGUGUUAUCAAAGAUCGUAUUCCAAGUCUAUAUGAUAAACGUUCGCUUCGUCUCCAAAUAGGUGAUUUGCUAAUAGUAAAUCGUGCUGAAAGUAAUGGUCAAUGUGAAGGAAUACUGGUGAAAUCAAAUCGUCAAGGAACAUUUCCAUUUACAUACAUUGAGUUUCUCGAUGACGAGAACGAACCAACGAAUGAAAACUAA